AUGGCUUUGGAUCCGGAGCAGGAGUCCAACUUGUUUUUUUGGUUGGUCACAAGUAGACGGCCUCAAAAGAAUCAGAAGCUGGUGAUCUGGCUGAACGGAGAAACUGGACCUCUCCGAUUCGUGAACCAGAAGCUCACUAUCAACAAGGGCGGUUGGCAUGAGUUUGCCGAUGUAGUAUUUUUGGACCAGCCCGUCGGAACAGGACUAAGCUACACCAAACAGCCAUACCUCGGAACAAUGAAGGAGAUCACAACACAUUUCAUGGCAUUCCUGAAGGCGUUUUUUGCCAUAUUCCCCGACCGUGCCCAGCAUGAUUUGUACCUUGCGGGAGAGAGUUUUGCAGGCACGUAUAUACCCUAUUUUGGCCAGGGAAUCUUGGAACACAACGAAAACAUCCCUGCAGGAGAGAUAUUCUACAACCUUCAAGGAUUGGCCAUCGGUAACGGCUGGAUCGAUCCACUUCACCAGUACACUUCCUUUAUCCCUUUCGCAGAGAAGUACGGUCUUAUGACACCCACCUUACUGACGAGCAUGAGCGCUCUGCAGAACGAUUGUUUGGAUGCUAUCCGGCGACAGAACCUUAUCACUCAAAACAUAUGCGAGGGACUUGUAUCUCUUAUCUUGCAAUCAAACAACGAGACGACCCAGUGUGUCAACCAGUACGACAUUCGCUUGACUGAUGAGUAUCCAUACUGCGGUCUGAAAUGGCCCUAUGAGCUGCCAUUAAUGGGCAAUUACCUGAACCGGCCAGAUGUUAAGGCGGCUCUUCAUGCCACGGCAGGAGACACAUACUGGAGCGAGUGCAACACCCGUGUCGGCAGCGCUUUGCGACAGGACGACUCGACCCCCUCUAUUGCGCUCCUUCCCGGCAUUUUGGAAAAGACCAGGAUCAUGCUUUUUAGCGGCCAGCAAGACCUGAUCUGCAAUCAUAUCGGAACAGAGUAUCUCAUUUCCAACAUGACUUGGCAGGGAUCCCGAGGGUUCCAGGACACUCGGUCGAUCGGAUGGAAGGUUGAAGAGAAACCCGCAGGAGAAUGGAUGCAGGCCAAGAACCUGACCUACGUGUUGAUCUACAAUUCGUCGCAUAUGGUGCCCUACGAUGUGCCCCUGGUGGCUUUGGAUAUGAUAAACCGGUUCAUGGGUCUGGACACUAAGCUGCAAACCUUCACCUCCAGCUUGGAGUCUGAUACCGGUAAUGCCGUCCCCUCGGGCGGCGAGAAAGUGGAUAUUAGUCAGCCUGAAUCCAACAUCUCUACCAAUGGAUCGGCGGCAUUGUUGUUUGUGGUGAUGGUGAUUGGAGUGGCGAUCUUUGUGAUCGUGCGGAAAAACCAGCGCCAGAAAAAGCUGGGCGGUGGCCAUGAUGGUGUCCAAUGGUUCCCUCUCAGUAACAACAACGGUAACAACCAAGGCAUGGGACGUGACCGCCGCCAUGCCCCUGUCGACGAGCUGGACGAGCUUGUGGUGGAAGGCGGGAUUCGUGACAGUGACGACGAUGAGGAGUACGAGAACUUCCUGUCGUCUGGCGAUAGACGCAGCCCAUCGCCUCAAAGGCGAUGA